AUGAAAAUAGAGAAGUUGCGUCCGAUCCGAGAGGGACAUUACAGAGUUAUUUCGAAUCAGAUAGCAAAAAUCGAAGCGGCGAAGGAGAAUGCGAAUUGGAUAGAAUUCAACACGAUUAUCGAUGCGACAUCGCAGAAGCUAGAAGUAAUUAAAUCACUUAAUGAGAACAUUCUAGAAGCUACAGAAGUGUCGGAGAUCGAAGAUGAAAUUGUGAACGCAGAGGAGUUUUGUUUGGGUAUUGAAGUCAAACUACGAUAUUUCGAGGACUUGAGCAAACAUUCGACCAGCGGAGAAGACAAGCAGACGACCCAAAGCCCAGACGACAACGGUAACAACGCGAACAGGCCAACAGAAUCAGAGGUAAAUCAAGCUGCAAGCCAAAAUGUGAGUAGGUCUUUUUCAAAUGCUUCACUUUAUCAGAGACUUCCAAAAUUAUCACUUCCGGUUUUCAGUGGUGAUAUCCUUGAGUGGCAAAGUUUUUGGGACUCUUACGAAUCUACAGUACAUUUUAAUCCAAACUUAACUGAAGUGCAGAAAUUUAGCUAUUUGAAGACGCAGCUUGAAGGCAGUGCAGCUCAAGUUAUUCAAGGAUUUGCUCUAACACAAGCAAACUACAUUCAAGCGAUUGAUUUGUUAAAAGAGAGAUUCGGACAGUCUCAUAAAAUAAUUCAUGCAUACAUACAAGCUUUGCUUAAUUUACCAGCCCCAAGUAAUACACUUCAGAGCAUGAGUAAUUACAUAGACAAAUUAGAGGCUUAUGUUCGAGGGUUAGAGUCGCUUGGUCAGUGUCAGAGUACGUACGGAACUCUAUUAGUGUCAGUGAUAAUUAAUAAACUUCCGUCAGAGACACCUAGAUACUACAACCAUAUAUUUACUUACAGAUUUUGGAGCCAAGAUUCCACUUCAAGUGAUGAUGAUUCCGACAUUUGCCGUCCCCUUACGGAAUAUUCCGAAUUCUGUCCUGUCUUUACCACAACUAAGAACCCUGAAAUUAGCACAUCCCAUGAUAGAUGA